UAAGUGGCCGUUGUGAGGCGGGAAGGUGAGCAGUGCAGUCCCCGGUGGACGACCGAGGGGCAUGGAGAUGUUGCGCCGCUCUUCAGUGUUUGCGGCUGAAGUGUUUGACCGAUCGCCUACCGACAAGGAGCUGGUGUCCCAGGGCAAAGCGCUGUGCAGGGACUAUAUUCACUCCAGGCUGAACCGUGCCGGGAUAGGCUGGUCCAAGCCUGAACACGGACUGGUUGCAUCAGGUGGGGCGCUGGGAGAGAUAUCGUCGGUUCUGCUGUGGCUGGGUGAUGAGUUGGAGUACCUUCGACCCAACGUUUACCGCAACGUAGCGCGACAGCUCAACAUCACAGUGGCGUCAGAGAAUAUUGUGUCCGAUGCUUUCCUGGCUGUGGCUGCAGAUAUUUUCUCCACAGGUGUGACAUGGGGGAAGGUGGUUUCUUUGUACGCCGUGGCAGGAGCCUUGGCAGUGGACUGUGUGCGCCACGGCCACCCAGCCAUGGUCAAUACCAUUGUUGACUGCAUGGGGGAGUUUGUCCGCAAGAGCCUGACCUCCUGGUUAAAAAGGAGAGGGGGCUGGGUUGAUGUAACAAAAUGCGUGGUGAACACUGAUCCCAGCUUCCGCUCUCACUGGCUGGUGUCUGCUGCCUGUGCCUUUGGACACUAUGUGAAGGCCACUGUGUUAUACCUCCUAAGGGAGAAGUGAGAGACAAAGUCACACACUGGAUUUUAGUAGCCUGAGCAGCACUGAACACCACCAGCACCACUCCACUAAAGCAUCCACUGCUUUGGAUUAUGUUGACACUACUUUGCACUGAGCCUUCAUGGAUGAACACCGACAUGUAUCCCUUUACUGUCCUUGCUUCUUCUGCUUCCUAUGCUAGAUUUUCUAUUUAUUGUGAAAGGUUAUGUUAUGGCACACAUUUGAUUUGAAUGUAUAAAAUCACGCAAUGUUUUUAGCUUCUAAUUUUUUCACAAACAGCAGAACUUCCUUUUUUGCUGCCUGUUUGUUUGGCAGUGGUUUGGCUGCCCCUAGUGGUUGGAAAUCGUAACUGAAAUAGAAAAUAUUCCUCGGCCAUUCAUGAGGUCCUGAACAAAAUCUACACUUCUCACCUGAAUGGCAUAUAUGGCCUAACAGACUAGAUAAAUGCAAGUACAAUGUGUUUUUCUUUAACUAAGGGACUGUACGAAAGUGAUUAAUUCAUAUUCAUUUAAAAUAUUUAUUUUUGGGAGAGCAUGGGAGGGUUAUUAUUUUUCUUCUCCCUCUAGAUCUAUAUUCUAUUUCUACGACAGUGUAAUAGGGCCAUUAUAGAUCAAAAAAAUUAAAUUGAAAAAAUAACAGAGCUGGAAAAAUGUAAUAUUCUCUGAGAUUAAAUCACAAAUUUACGAGAAAAAAAACUCGCCAAGGAAUCACAGCGCUUCACAUUGCGAGGUUGGAUCAACCUCAUCACACUACAGAUGGCGCCGUUUGGAAAUACUUUGGAUUUUAACCCCAUUUUAACUCAGCAUAAAACAACAUAUUGAUUUGGAUGAGUUGAUAGUUUUUGUGCAUCAGGAAAAACAACGUAAUGGACAGAUGAAGGAUAUCUCCAUGUUCCACACUGUUGCACCUCCUCACUAACGUGUGCUUGUGGCAUUCCCUGUUAACCUGAGUUUCUUUUAAAGAAUAUUACACCAUUUAUGUUUUACCUACAAUGACUGGGGUUCCACUAACUUAUAAAUGUUCUAAUUGGGCCACACCAUCUUAAAUUAUUUGAGCUUUUCCUCCUUAAAUUAUUAAUAUUGAAAUGAGUUGUGCUCACUCAGUACUCUGAGCAUGUUUAGGGGAGUCAAGCAAAGAGAAAAGAAUAUAUGUUUUUAAAAAUCAACUAUAAGAUACAGUAUCCCCCCCCCCCAAAAAAAAAAAAUGUUUGUACAGUCCCUAAUGAGUCUGAUGAAUUGAGCCUACAAUUAUUACAUAUAUGUAUUUCAGUUUUUCUCUCUCUUUGUAGUUCACCGUGAGUUAGUGUAUAUUGCUGAACUGUAAUUGCAGCAAUGCAAGUUACAAUAUAUAUAUUUUCACUUUGAUAACAUUUCAUUUUGUGAGUAGAUUAUUCCAUGAAUAAUUUCACUUUUAUGCAGCAUGUAGUAUUAGGAGUCCUAGAAAAUAAACAUGUUUGUGAGUCAUCUGCAACUGUAAAUAUUAACAAUAAUAAAUGGUUCUUACAACAA